UCCUACUGGAAUCUCAAGAGGGAUUGCAAAGACACCCAGGAGAUGUGCAGGAAAUAAAAAAAACGAAAGUUCAAAAGCUAAAAUAAGUACUUUUUAUCUUAUCUAAUUUCACAUACUUCAAAAUUCCUUCAUGAGUUUUUUCAAAAAUUAAUUAAAAAUUCAUCCUUUGUCAACUAUUCAUUCUCAUUCAUACAUCCCUGAACACGUAAACUAAUAUUGACAACUAAAUUUAUAUUGUUGAUGUGUGAAAAAACGUGAUGUAAAAUACAUAUCAUAGUUGAGUGAAAUUUGAUUAUGAAAUUGUACAAAAUCUAGAUCUGAUAAAGAAAAACAUAAAGCAGAUAAAAAUUCAGCAUAAAUAAUAUUUUAGAAACAACUACUUUCAUUGAAUCAUCCGUACAAAAUGGCUAUUUCAAACACAUAAGACCAUGGGUCAGAAUGAUCUAUAAAUUUAAAUAGGAUCUUAUGACAAGUGACAUCUGUUUGAAGGUAUUGAAAAACGUUAUCCAUUGAUACCUGAUCGUAUUCGUGUUUAUUCAUACUAAAUGUUUAUUGAUACUAAUUACACUUUGAUGAAUCUGAUAUAAUAAAGGCUCCAUUUAUUUCUCCACAGAGAAAUAUCCAAUUAUAAAACUCUUUUCAUAGUUUUUCAUAUGCGUCUUCGGGAAAUAGCACUAAAUUUUACAAUAAUAUCUUGUUUUUAAAAGUCCGUGAGCCAUGACAUUGCGGACUAUUUCUGAUCAGUGUGGAGGUGGUUGAUAUCUUCUAAAUUUUGUAAUUAUUUUUAUACCCUUUUUGCAUAAUUAUUCAGAUGUAACCAUCAAAACAAUAGUAAUGCAACAAAACUGUCCAAUAAUGACGUGCGACUGCAGUUGUCCCGAACGACGCGGAGCGGAGUUCGGGCAAGCGGUCAAGUGCGGGAAAGACACUUUACGCAUGAGUUAGGAACAUUAUUUUUUCUACGACCGUAUAUACAAAAAAGUAUACCAACCCGUUUUUCAAAAAUUAUUUUAUUCCAACAAACAUAAUAAUAUACAAAACUUUAACUAAAAACUACUAAUUAUUAUAAAUAUUAAUAUUGAAAACACAAUUUUUUGUAUUCUGUGGACUAGUAAGAAUUGCCGGUCCAGUGGAGUUAUUUGGUUUCAACUGGAAGGUAGAUGAGGACGAUGAGGAUGGCAUCGGUUGCAGGUCGCAUAAAGAUGACGAUGACGGCAACGGUUUUAAGUCAUUUGGCAGGUGGGAACACUAAUAGUCUUGUCACGCAUCCAGAUGGAAAACACAUUGUAUACGCCCUUGGAAACAAAGUGGCCAUCAUGGAAUGGGCUACGAAGAAACAACAAUUUUUGGUCGGUCAUACAAAUAUUGUAUCGUGUGUAGCAUUAUCUCGAUCAGGAAAAUUUAUUGCCAGUGGACAAAUUAAUCAUAUUGGAUUUAGGGCAAAAAUGAUUGUAUGGGACUUUGAAAAAAAGGAAAUAUUGUCUGAGCAUGAACACCAUAAGGUUCGAGUAGAAGCCCUUGUUUUCUCUAGUAACGAUAAAUAUGUUAUUAGUUUAGGUGGAAGAGAUUGUGGAUCGGCUGUUGUUUGGGAUACAGAAGCUCAUCAAGUUAUUUGUGGCAACCAGGUUGCCAAAGGAGUGGCUGGCGAAGUGUCUUUUGUUAAUUCGAUGACUACAAGAGCUCCAUGUUUUCUUACUGUGGGAGAUAAUCAUUUGGCUGUUUGGGUUAUCAAUCACAAAGCGAGGAGUAUGGUCGAAUUCAAUCUGAAAAUGACUAAACUUAAAAGAUAUAUUUUAUGUGCCGAAAUAAACGAAAGAGAUGAGGUUUGCUUCUGUGGUACUACUACUGGAGAUGUAUUAAAAGUUAGAUUAUAUUUCCACAAUGAUGUAGACAUACUAGAACCGACUAAACAACCAUCUAUUAUUGGAUGUUUUGCGAAAAUAUCAAAAAAGAAAUUGCCACGUGGAGUAGUGGAUUUAUACCAAAAUGGUAUUAGAGCUAUUAAAUUACUUGUUGGUGGUAAAUUAGUUAUUGGAGAUGGAGACGGAAAUAUUGAAUUGGUUGAAGAGUGUAUUAAACCCAAUCAUAAAUUCGAUGUAAAUAUCAAAAUGCCAUCGAUACCGGCUUUAAAAGUUCACAAAGCUACUCACGUUAACUCUGCAGUAUCAGCGAUUCAGUUAAUGGACGAAGAAAAUAUUUUGGUUGGCACUCAUAAUUCUGAAAUUUUUACCAUCAACCUUACAGAAUUUAAAGCCAGAUUGGUUGUAACCUGCCAUACUUCCACUAUACACGAUAUAGCCUUCCCACAAAAUUAUUCCGAAGUUUUUGCUACGGCAGGAAGCCAUGACAUCCGCGUUUGGUCUAUGAGGACAAUGCAAGAGUUUCUACGUAUCAGAGUACAAAAUUUUACGUGUUCUAGCGUCGUGUUUUCGUACGAUGGAAAAUCUAUUUUAUCAGGUUGGAGUGAUGGUAUUAUCCGCUCAUUUACCCCGCUAACUGGAAGACUGAUUUUUGCCAUCUUAAACGCCCACAACAAAGGUGUAUCAGCGCUGACUACGACGUCGCAUGGAAAAACGUUGAUUAGCGGUGGUUGCGAAGGACAAGUUCGGUUAUGGGAAAUCUCACCGUUUAAGCAACAAUUAACUUGUACGUUGAAAGAACAUAAAGGUCCUGUAUCGGCUAUUGAUGUGAACAAGUUUGAUAAUGAAGCUGCCAGUGCCAGUACAGACGGUACAGUUAUUAUAUGGGAUUUACAAAGACAACGUAGAAGACAAAUCUUAUUUGCCAAUACUCUGUUUAUGUGUGUUAAGUAUUUUCCAAGCGGAGUACAAAUAUUGACAGGUGGAUCGGAUAGAAAACUUUCUUAUUGGGAAGUAUUAGAUGGAAGUCUUGUAAGAGAAUUGGAAGGAUCUCCAACGGGUACCAUAAAUACGUUAGAUAUAUCUCCGGAUGGUGAAUAUUUCGUAAGCGGUGGUAAUGAUCAAAUAAUCAAACUUUGGACAUAUCAAGAAGGAAUUACUACCCACAUUGGCGUUGGCCAUACCGGCGUAAUAACAGCUUCAUGUUUCAGCGCCGACGGAAAAUACUUAGUUACAUGUGACGCAUCUGGAUGUAUAUUUAUAUGGAAUAUGCCGCUAAAACUAGGAAAAGUUAUUUCGGACGAUAAAGUUUCAGUCACUAAAAAAAUUACUACUCCCUCUAGACGAUCAGUAAAAGGCGAAGAAGACAUACGGGAUCUUCCAAGUGUACGCAGCAGCAAGAGUAAUGGAUCGCAUAGGGUUAUAUGUGAAUGCGAUAAGGAAUCUAAGCCGAGUUCCAGAUGUAGUGGAAUUUCUUUGGUCAGCUGCAGAUAAUAUUUUUUAGUACCUCUUUUGUAUUCAUUUCUAUUUUCAUCAAAUAUAUUAUACAAUUUUUUUAAGAAAA